AUGCCAAUUACAUUCAAUGUGGUUGAUCAUCCGGCCACUGCCUGGACAACUCCCAGCGUCAAAUCUCCCGAAGAUCUUCUAAAACAGACUUCCCCUCGAGACUUUCGUCACUGUCAACGAAUCAUUCAGACCUCUUUCGACAACAAUACCCUUCAGGGUCAGCACAUAUCACCUUCUGAAAAUGGCUUUGUUUGGUCAGCCUAUCACGCCUACAGCCAGCACCACCACCUUACGAUUCGACCUGAAGACGUUUGGUUCGCCAUCCUCACGCAGAUAAGCUUCUACAUCAAUGCUCAUGCGGAAGAUUUGCGUGCAUUCUUCGUCGAUCACGAGGGUCAGAAAGAGCUUGAGGUCUUUGGCUUGGGUGACCUGCAGAGUGCCAACUUUGGCGCUCUAGCUAAACAGAUGGCGGGUCUUAUCAGCAAGAACGUCAAAGAUCCAGGGCUGGGGUCUUGGGUCAUGCCCGGUUUCUCUACCACAUCUCACACUGACCAAGUCGUUGCUUCGGUACUUUUCAUGGGCGCUAUGCAGAAGUACUUUUCUUACACAAUGACUUUAACUUGCGGAAUCCCUUCUGUGACGCUACUAGGUGAUAUCUCAGACUGGCGAGAUAUUCUUAGUCGACUGGAUAAGUUGGAACUACUCGGAGAUGAGCCCAUUCAGUUUUCCCACAUGCUGCGACCGAUUCUGAAAAACAUGGUUCUUUCUUUUGAGCAGCCUGAUCAUCCCAACGUCAUCCGUUUUUGGAAUACUAUUGCAACAAGAAACCCUGUGGGUAGCGGUACUGACUACAUCACAGGAUGGAUCACAGCAUUUUGCUUCUGGGAUGAUAAGGGGAAGCCCAAACGCCGCCUUGCAGCGGAUACAAUUGACGGCGUAUCAUAUCCUCGUGUGGAUAUCGACAGUGUCCCUGUCGGGAUUGCGUCGGUGCCAGUCAAAGUCGACGACAAUGGAAUAGAGUACGACUGUAAAAUGAUAGCUGGAUCUUUUGGCAUCAGGGGCCAAAGACUCGGCGAACAUGAGCAGCUUCAGAUUUCGAAUGAUGAUUCAGCCACAAACCAAAGUGUUGAGACAUUGGAGUCCGAUCUGCUCGGAAUCCAGCCUGUCUCCGGCUGGUUGAUGUACGAGAAUGAGGCUGAAAGUGAAACAAAGGCCAGGGAGGAGAAGAAGAUGGCUUUGGAAUCUGAGCUGGAUCAGAUCCACAAGUUGUCUCACUCGGAUGAUUGGGAAGUGACGCGCGAAAGGUUGUACAAAAUGAUGGUUCUUGGAAACCAGAUUAGAGAGCUAGAGGCCUAUUAA